AUGCAAGGCUACAACGCAGCACCACCCCCCGGAGCUCCUCCCGCAGGAGGCGGUCCACCACUGCCCGAGGGUUGGAUAUCUCAAUGGAACGACCAGUACAAGACAUGGUUCUACGUCAACACCCACACCCAUGUUUCGCAGUGGGAACGUCCCGCGGGACCAGCCCAGUACUCUCAGUAUGGGGCAGCGCCACCCCAAAACACCUACUCCAGCGAUGCUGAGCUGGCCGCCAAACUGCAGGCUGAAGAAAACUCCCGGGCCAACAGCAGCCCUGGCCUCUACCCACCGCAGCAACAGUACGGCCAUCAGUCGCCUAGCCCCGGACCCUAUGGGCAGUCUCAUAGUCCGUAUCCCCCGCAGCACCAGCAGCCGCAGCACGGCCAGAGCAGCGGAAAGGAUGGCCUUCUAGGCAAGGUAUUUGGCAAGCUGUCAGGUGCCGGUGUAGGUGGUGCCUCUGCUGGAGCCCUCGGUGCCUCCCAGUUUGGAAAGAAGAAGAAGAAGAAGAGCAAGUUAGGCUUGCCCCUUGGAGCCGCCGCCGGUGGUGCAGGACUCGGCAUGCUUGGUGCUGCCGCCCUGAGCGGUCUUGGCGACCACCAUGGCGGAGGAUACUAUGGAGAUGGGGGUUAUGGUCCCGGUGGUCCUGGUGGGGGAGGAAGUUCCAGCUCAGAUGGUGGGUACGACUCUGAUGGCGGAGGCUGGGGUGGUGGUGGUGACGAUUUUGGGGGCGGCGAUGACUUUGGAGGCGGCGAUUUCUAG